AUGAGCUCUUCUCGCCGCAAAAGACCAGCUGUCUCGGAGGAAGAACAAUCUGAUCAAUCGAAUGGGAAACCUCUGACAUUAUUCACACCUGUGCCGAAUGCCAAAGUCGUAAUAGUACAUAAAAUGACAAAGAUCGACACCCUCAAGCAAAUAUAUGGAGAUACCGUCUCUGUGGUGGAUGUCACGAGCAAGAGCUCACUGCCAUACGUCAAGUUCUCCCCAUUCUACCCAUGGAAGGAUGGGAUACCAAUAGCUACAGAUUCAUCAAAGACAGCCGUGUCGGUAGAAGGUAUAUGGCAGGGAUUGAAGGUCUUUGAGAACGAAGGAAUCUCUACAAAGCACCUGCAGAACGACACAAUGCAGAACGUGAAACGAUCUGCUACAAGAUUACGUGGUAAAGUAUUGGGACACUCAGCAACUGUCACGGAUGAGAUUACUCUACUGGAGUAUAUCGAUGCACGGAAACAAAUCUAUCUGCCAGCGUACAAGUAUGUCUUAGACAACUAUCUGCAGAAGGAAGUGGCCUUACUUGCCAAUAUGGUGCGAGAACUGGACACCACUCUCUGUCUAAAGGACUACACGACGAACUCUGACGUAGACGACGUAACACAACCGUUAAGCCAUGCCAGCCUUAUAGCCGCCUACAUAAAAGGUCAAUGGCCAAAUUAG